CCCUGGUAGGGGGUGGUUCUCAGAGAAGCCUGGGUACUUGGGUUAAUCAUCUCUGUGGCUCAGAUAAGGCCCUGCCAGCUGGAAGCAGAGUCCAGAGGAGUUUGUGUCUGAAGAAGGAGACAGGACAGUGUAUUCACAGUACAACAGGACCAUGCCUGGCACAAAGCGGUUUCAACAUGUGAUUGAGACUCCGGAGCCUGGCGAGUGGGAGUUGUCUGGGUAUGAGGCAGCUGUACCAAUCACAGAAAAGUCAAAUCCACUGACUCGGGACUUGGACAAAGCAGAUGCUAAGAAAAUUGUUGAAUUGCUGGGGCAGUGUGAUGCUGAGAUCUUCCAGGAGGAAGGGCAAGCCAUACCUGCAUACCAGGUGACACAGUCCGCUGGGCCUGUGAAACAGACAUGUUUCCUUCCUCAGGAGCCAGAUGGGGGGCUGGUGGUGCUGAGUGGAGGGGGCACCUCUGGACGCAUGGCAUUCCUUAUGUCGGUCUCCUUUAACCAGCUAAUGAAAGGCCUAGGACAAAAACCUCUUUACACCUAUCUCAUUGCGGGAGGUGAUAGGUCUGUAGUGGCUUCUAGGGAGAGGACUGAAGAUAGUGCCCUCCAUGGGAUUGAGGAACUGAAGAAGGUAGCUGCAGGGAAGAAGAAGGUGAUUGUCAUCGGCAUUUCUGCGGGACUCUCCGCUCCCUUUGUAGCAGGCCAGAUGGACUACUGUAUGGACAACACAGCUGUCUUCUUGCCAGUCCUGGUCGGUUUCAAUCCAGUGAGUAUGGCCAGAAAUGACCCCAUUGAAGACUGGAAUUCAACAUUUCGGCAAGUAGCAGAGCGCAUGAAGAAAAUGCAAGAGAAGCAGGAAGCUUUUGUGCUCAAUCCUGCAGUUGGGCCUGAGGGUCUGAGUGGCAGUUCCCGGAUGAAAGGUGGAAGUGCCACGAAGAUCCUGCUGGAAACCCUAUUAUUAGCAGCUCACAAGACUGUGGACCAGGGUAUUGCAACCUCUCAAAGAUACCUCCUGGAAAUCCUUCGGACAUUUGAGCGAGCUCAUCAGGUGACCUACAGUCAAAGCUCCAAGAUUGCCACCCUGAUGAAGCAAGUCAGCACCAGCCUGGAGAAGAAAGGCCGCGUGCAUUUGGUUGGCUGGCAGACCCUUGGCAUCAUUGCCAUCAUGGAUGGAGUAGAGUGCAUCCACACCUUUGGUGCUGAUUUCCGAGACAUCCGUGGCUUUCUCAUUGGUGAUCACAGUGACAUGUUUAACCAGAAGGCUGAGCUCACAAAUCAGGGUCCCCAGUUCUCCUUCUCCCAGGAAGAUUUCCUGACCUCCAUCCUGCCCUCCCUCAAGGAAAUUGACACUGUGAUCUUCAUUUUUACCCUGGAUGACAACCUCCCAGAGGUGCAGACAUUGGUGGAGCAGGUGAAAGAGAAGACUGCCAACAUCCAGGCCCUGGUGCACAGCACUGUGGGGCAAUCUCUGCCGCUCCCUCUGAAGAAGCUCUUUCCCUCCAUCAUCCACAUCAUGUGGCCACUGCUUUUCUUCGAAUAUGAAGGGACCUUCGUUCAGAAAUUCCAGCGUGAGCUAAGCACCAAGUGGGUACUGAAUACAGUGAGCACCGGGGCCCACGUGCUUCUGGGGAAGAGCCUACACAACUACAUGCUAGACCUUCGCAUUGCCAACUCCAAGCUCUUCUGGCGGGCACUGGCCAUGUUGCAGCGCUUCUCUGGACAGUCCAAGGCUCGAUGCUUUGAAAGCCUUCUCCAAGCCAUCCAUUUUCCUCAGCUGCUGUCAGAUGAAAUUCGAGCUGCUCCCAUCUCCCGCCAUGUCCACAUUGCACAUGAGAAAGAAAAGGUGAUCCCCUUAGCCUUGCUGAGCCUCCUAUUCCGAUGCUCCAUCCCCGAGGCUCUGUCACACCUGGCUGCAGCCCCUUCAGUCUGUGAGGUUAUCAGGAGCGCCCUGGCUGGGCCAGGACAGAAGCGCAGCGCGGACACUCUGGAGACCUUACAGCCUGCUGUGCAGUGAACUGGUAUUGAUGAGAAUGUGAGGGGGUCCCAGCCCAAGACUCCUGUGCCAGCAGCACAGGAGGUGGGAGGGAGAAGCCCAGUUUCCAGGGGCACCAACAUCCUAGGGUGUCGGGAGAGUUCUUGCACUUGACUUAGUGAGUUUUGUUUCAUCUUUAAAUUUCACUGGCCUAUCUUGAUCUCAGAAAUAAAAUGAAAU